AUGGUGUGGGAGGCUGUGGAAGUUAAGCUGCCGACGGAAGUGACCGACAUGAUGGCACUGGACGCUCGUCAAAGAGCCGCGUAUACACCAAAUGUUCAGGUGAAGAACUUCUCAAACAACGAGCGUACACGCGUCGGUGAGCAAAACUCCUUGAUUCCCGAGGGGCAGCUACACGAUCUCAUGAAGAACAAUGUGAGUUGGCUGAUGGACCUAUUCUCCCAAAGCCCGGUUCAUCUGGAUACGACCUACGGAGCCCCUCGCGUCAAGAUACAUUCCCCUACGUGUUACAUGUUUGGGCUAAAGUCCAAAUACAUGCCUUCCGGCAAAUUGCAGGAGUUGGACGUGAGGAGUCGUAAGGCGGCACCAGAUGCGGCAUUAGCGGCUACAGUGACGGCGAUUUUCGAAAGCGAAGUUAAAUACAUCGAUCCAUCAUCGAUUAAUAAGCCCGUUAAGGAGGCCGCCAACGGACGUAAAGUUGGUCGCACGUCACGAGAUGUUGAUGGAUGCGCUGGUAUUGAGGUGUCGGACGAGGACGCAUGUGGCGACAACGAAUGCAGUUCUGUAGUGGAUUCUGAGCAUGCCAACAGAGGCACGAAGGAUACCACUAAAUCUCAAAUUGGUGUGGCAGUGAAGGACGUACCGCCUGCCAGUGCUGACGGCAGAUCUGCCGAUGGGCACGAAGCACUUCUGAAUCAUAUGCGGUUCGUGUGUCAUUUUCUCGUUUAUAUGGCGCAGAUCACGCUUUGUCGAAUUGGAGUCUGUAGCGAAGUUCGAGGACACUAUUUUGCAUGA